AUGGCCAGAAUGAAUUUUCUCUCCUUCUUCCUCCUUUGCUUGACUUCGGUUGCCAAUGGCAACAAAGCCAAUAAGCACAAGCCAUGGAUCGAGACAGAGUACCAGGGGAUCGUCAUGGAGAACGACAACACGGUGCUGCUCAACCCCCCUCUCUUUGCCCUGGACAAGGAUGCUCCACUCCACUACGCUGGUGAAAUCUGUGGAUUCCGGGUCCACAAUGGUCCCUCAGGUUCAGGCUCAGUCCAGUUUGAAGCUGUGGUCCUUGACCGCUCCACCGGUGAGGGCCUGGUCCGGUCCAAGGAGCCGCUGGACUGCGAGAGCCAGCGGGAGCACAGCUUCACCAUCCAGGCCUACGACUGCGGAGAGGGACCCGAUGGAGUCAACAGCAAGAAAUCCCACAAGGCCACCGUGCAUGUUCGCGUUAACGACGUCAAUGAGUUCUCCCCGGUGUUUGUUGAGCGUCGCUACGAGGCCUCAGUCCCAGAAGGACGUCUGUUUGACCGAAUCGUGCGCGUGGAGGCUCUGGAUGCCGACUGCUCCCCGCAGUACAGCCAGAUCUGCUUCUAUGACAUCAUCACUCCUAAUGUGCCCUUCGCUAUCGACAACGAUGGUAACAUCAAGAACACAGAGCCGUUGGACUCAAAGCGUCAGCGCGUUUUCACCUUCUGGGUGACCGCCUUCGACUGUGGAAAGAACCGAGCUCAGGCCGAUGCUCAGGUCGUCGUCACCGUCAAGCCGUCCUGCAAACCCGGCUGGAUCGGAUGGACCAAGCGUGUAGAGUACACACCCGGGUCAGGCAGCAUCCCCUUGUUCCCCAGCCUGCAUUUGGAGACCUGUGAGGAGACUGUGUGGAACAUCCAGGCCACCGUAGAGCUCCAGACCGGCCACAUCGGGAAGGGCUGUGACAGAGACAGCUACUCUGACAGAUCUGUGCGACGGCUGUGCGGUGCUGUCAGGGGUGAAGUAGACCUCCUCCCUCCUCCGUCUCCUGCUGCCAACUGGACCUCUGCUCUGCCCACUCUGCCCUCAUCUGACUCCUCUCUGGUCUUCUCCUUCAACGGAUCCAACCACGUCGCGCUGGUGCCAGAUUCGGUUGUCUCUGCGUUGUCAGGCGACCACUUCACCCUGCAGCUGUGGAUGCGAAGGGGCGGAGCCAACAUCCAGCCUGCGACCACUCAGACCAGAGGCAGUCGCAAGGAUGAGGAGACUAUUGUGUGCAGCACUGUCAAGAAUGAUGAUUCCUUCUCCCACUAUUCCCUCUCUGUCCACGGCUGCCGCCUCUCUCUCUUCUACUGGCCCGACGUCUCGGCCGCACGGCCCGUCAAGUUCUUGUGGAAACUGGAGCAGGUGUGUGACAGUGAGUGGCAUCAUCUUUCACUCAGCGUCCAGUUUCCCUCCGUGACCCUGUAUGUCGAUGGUGUGACCUUUGACCCCGCCCUCAUCCAUGACAACGGCGCCAUCCCCAACCCCGCCCCCCGCCAGAGGAUGUUCAUCGGCGCCUGCUGGGAGCCUGAAGAGAAGCAGAAGGAAAUACUAAACAACACCAUCCCAGAGGCUAAAGACUCAGUGAAAUAUGUGGGAGGUUACCAUGGCCUGUUGUCGGGGGUAACGGUGCGUCCCGGCAGCGUGGAGCCUCACAGCGUGGUGGAGUGUCUGUACGCCUGCAGGGAGGGCCUGGACUUUGGAGACCUGGAGACUCUGGGCUCCGGCAUGAAGGUUCAUGUGAACCCCAGCCAGUCAGUGUUGGUGCUAGAGGGAGACGACAUUGAGAGCUUUAACCGUGCAGUGCAGCAAGUCACCUACAGGAACUCUCUGCGCUUUGCCACCCCCGGAGUCCGACCCCUCAAACUAACCACCUCGCUCAGAUGUUUCAACGAAGAGAGUUGUCUGUCUCUCAAGCAGCUGGAGGGAUACCUGGUGGUUCUCCAGCCCGACGCCCCUCAGAUCUCUCUGUCUGGGGUCGGCCCUCAUCUGGCUCGUCCUGCCCCUGAGUUUGAGGGUCCCCGUGGUGUCCCCCUUUUCCCUGAGCUCCGGAUCGUCUGUUCCUUGUCUCAUGCUGUCAACACAGCUGCACAGGGGAUGGAGGGAGGAGCUCUGAUGUCCGACGCCGUGGCUCACACUUUGGAUGGCUGUGAGGUCCAACCGCUGGGGGAGGAGCUAAACCCAGAGAGGGAGGAGCUUCUGGUGGACAUGGAUGUUGUGCGAGAGAGGGGACUGGAAAUCAUCAAUACUACUGCUUAUAUUGCCAUCACAGGUGCUGAAUCCAUCUCGGUAUACGAGGACGUCCUUCGCUCAGUCCGUUACCGAUUGGCCAAAGGCUCGGCCCGCUUCGAGAGGCGGUUCCGCCUGUCCUGCUCUGAGAUGAAUGGCAGAUACACCAGUAAUGAGUUGACUCUGGAGGUGAACUUCCUCCACUCUCUGGACAGUCUGUAUCACCCUUCUCACUUGCUGGCCUCCCAGCAGCAGUUUCUCCAUCCAUCCCACCACGCUGGAGAGCUGAGUGGACACACCCUGCCCAAUCCACACCGCAACUCAGUGGUGCCAGGAGCAGCCACAGUCAUCAUCAUGGUGUGUGUGGGUUUCCUGGUUGUCAUGGUGAUCCUUGGUGUUUUCCGAAUUCGCUCCAUCCAUCGCCGCGAUGAGGGUGCCAGGGGCGGGGCUAAGGAGGGUAGCAGCCAAUGGGACGACUCUGCCCUCACCAUCAUUGUGAACCCCAUGGAGUCCUAUGAGUCUCGUAUGGGCAUCUCUGCUGACACAGAGGGGGAGGGGGAGGAGGACGAGGAGGUUGCAGAGUCACCUGAAGACGCUGGCGACGACCAGCGAAUCAUCAUAAAGAAGGAGGGGAGGGACGGCAACGCCCGCCGCUACUGAGCCACACAGGUCUCUGCACCAGUUCUCAUGGAAACCAACAACCGGCUCACACACUCCAACACUUUUAAUAUCAACGACUGCUGACACUACUAGUAUAAGGAAUGUAUGCUUACAAACACUACGCACAACACAGUCACUGUAAUAAUCUUGACA